AUGCCGUGGUGGGGGAAAUCCGCAGACUCGAAAGAGUCGAAACCUGAGCAACCUGCGACCUCGUCGCAACCUCAACCUGCCUCGAGCUUCGAUCCCGAUAAGCUCCCCGAUGCCCGCAAACUGCCCAAGGCAAUGCAAAGUAUUGUCGAUAAGUCCGACAAAGACGGCAGCUUCUUUGACAAUGUAGCCGAGGGAUUUGGGCCAGAUUCAACUGAGAGCAAUGUGCGAUACGCCGCAUACGCUACAAGAAUACGAACGAUCAUGCUCUCGGCACACCGAUAUGUUGCUUACACCUCGGAUAUCGGCGAAUCUUUUCGACCUGUGGCGCACCCCAAUAUUGUCCGGGCAGCGUACGGUAUCUCUUGGUUGUACAUCCUGGGAGAUGUGUCGCACGAGGGUUACCGUGCGUACUGGCACAAUCAACGGGUGUUGAACCCAAACAUCGAGCUGUCUGAACGUCAAGGCAAAGUCACAGGAUUGCCCAGCGUGGAGACGGACACUACGAAGCUGCCAGGAACCGUGUCACCUCUGGAGGAUUACCGGACGGUCAUGGUGCAGCGCGGUCUGUUCCAGAGUUUGGCGUCCAUGGGUCUGCCUGCCUUUACUAUCCACAGCGUCGUGCGAUACUCGGGCAGGGCACUAAAGGAUGCCAAAAACAAGACAGUGCGAACAUGGGGCCCUAUUGGUCUCGGACUCGCUGUCGUGCCAUUCCUCCCUACCCUCUUCGACGAGCCAGUUGAGAAUGCUGUGGAGUGGCUGUUCCACAAGGGAUUCGAGGCGUACGGGGGCAAAUCAUAUGUUGGAAAUGCGCCUGUGACAGGUCGCGAGGACCUUCUGAACAAGAAGCCUAAAGAUAAGGAGUUGUAA